AUGAUGACGUGUCGACUGGGUUCGCGGCGGCUGGGCGGUUCGCGUGGCUCGUUGCAAGCUGGCACGGCGUGCUCCGCUGCCAGCGAGCUUGACCUCUCCACGCGCUCUAGACGCUCUAACAAAGCCAGAUUAAAAUUGUUUGGUGCCAGCGGAGAGGCGCCCCUACUCAGUGGGUGGCGAAGCACGCCGCACACGCCGGCCACCCCUGCACCACAUCACUCUCAUAAUCACCUCGUCUUACCGCACUGCAACGGCACUGAUUAUAGUGGAGGUCUCCGCCGACGGUCUACGUACACGAGCGGCCACAUACGUUCGGGUCUGAACUGGUCCUUUGUGUUCGACCCAGCUGGCCGCUUGUGCUACUACUGGUCCAUGGUCGUCUCUCUCGCCUUCCUUUAUAACCUCUGGGUCAUCGUGUAUAGGUUCGCUUUCCAAGAGAUAAAUGGGGAGACGCUCAUAGUGUGGUUCUGUUUGGAUUACUUCUCGGACUUCCUUUAUUUGGCGGACAUUUUGUUUCACUUUCGGACGGGUUACUUAGAAGACGGGGUGCUACAGACUGACGCGGCGAAGCUAAGAGCGCACUAUAUGAACUCAACAACAUUCUACAUAGACUGCCUUUGCCUAUUACCGCUGGACUUCCUGUACUUGUCCAUCGGCUUCAAUUCCAUAUUGCGCUCAUUUAGGCUCGUGAAAAUAUACCGCUUUUGGGCGUUUAUGGACCGUACUGAACGGCACACGAACUAUCCUAAUUUGUUUAGAUCAACAAGUUUAAUACAUUAUUUAUUAGUGAUAUUUCAUUGGAAUGGGUGCUUGUACCAUAUAAUAUAUAAAAACAAUGGGUUCGGUAGUAAAAACUGGGUGUAUCACGAUACAGAGACUGCGGACGUUGUAAAACAGUAUCUGCAAAGUUAUUAUUGGUGCACGCUGGCGCUUACAACGAUAGGUGAUCUGCCUCGUCCACGGAGUAAAGGGGAAUACGUGUACGUAAUAGCUCAGCUGAUGUUCGGGUUGAUGCUCUUUGCAACGGUGCUGGGUCACGUCGCGAACAUCGUAACAUCCGUCAGUACUGCCAGAAAAGAGUUUCAGGCAAAAUUGGACGGAGUGAAGACGUAUAUGAGAAUGCGACGGGUACCAACACACUUGCAGGUGAAGGUGAUCAAGUGGUUUGAUUAUCUGUGGCUCACCCAGAAGUGUUCAGAUGAAGAGAAGGCGGUAUCCUGCCUCCCUGAUAAACUCAAAGCGGAAAUUGCAAUCAACGUUCAUCUCGACACGCUGAAGAGGGUGGAGAUAUUCCAAAAUACCGAAGCAGGAUUUCUAUGCGAGCUUGUGUUGCGACUUCGGCCUGUUUUGUUUUCACCUGGCGACUACAUCUGUAGGAAAGGUGAAGUCGGCAAGGAGAUGUACAUAGUGAACCGAGGCAGACUAACCGUGGUCGGCGACAACGGAAAGACAGUGUUAGCAACACUCAGGGCGGGUUCUUAUUUUGGCGAAAUUUCCAUUCUGAACAUGGGCACGGCAGGCAACCGGCGGACAGCAUCAGUGAAAUCUGUUGGCUAUUCGGAUCUGUUCGUGCUCAGCAAGAAGGACAUGUGGGACGUGCUCAAGGAGUAUCCCGCCGCCAGAGUUCGCCUCGAGGCCAUAGCAGUCAAGAGACUUGAGAAAUAUAAGAAAAAACCUCAUGAAAAAGUGGCGAUGGGACGGUGUCAGUCUUCGCCGGGACAGAUGGAGUCGUGCGGAAGGGUGCCCAUUGAGCAGAUGAAGCUCCCGCCAUCGUCGAUCACUCGGCCGUUGCACUCCUCACACCCACCUUCCUACCGGGACCAGCUAUUUAGUUCUUCUGUAAGCCCUCUUCGUGUAGCAUCACCAGUAGUGUCAUGUGCGUCAAGUGCCCGUAGCAGCGCGGCGGGUGGAGGCAGUAUAGCCGCCAGCAUCGUAACCCCUAGAGUCCACGUAGACUCCCACGAUGCUUUAGAAUGCGAGAUCAAGCGAUUGCGAGAACGUCUUUACACUGUUGAGACAGAAAAUGCCGCCAUGUCAGCCGAACUGAAUCAGCAGCGAUGGGAAGUACAUCACAGGUUACAAGAAAUCGAGAUGCAAAUCUGUGGGGGCAGCUCACUGAGCUCACAGGAGGACAAUGAGCGGAAUCGAGAGAGCAUCAUUUAACGGCGCGCCUCCCCCUUGUGCGUGCCCGUGCCGCCGCGAGUACGUCAACCCGUCUGUUAACC